GUUCGCUUCCCGCCCAUCCCCUCCGCCGCCGCAUUUUAGCGCUGUCCGCGGUGCUGAUCGCCAAUCUCCCGAUUGCCAUUUCCACCAGCUAGGAUCUCUGGCACCUCCACUGAGCUUUCAAACCAAGUCAUCCAGAGUUAGCAUCUUCCCACCCAUCAGAGAAGAGAGGAGUUGGCAAGAAUUUGGCUCGCCCAUUCCCCCUGCAAUCCUCUGGUGUCUUGGAGUUCUGGGCUUCGGCCAUGACUGACACCGUGUUCAGCAGCAGCUCAAACCGUUGGAUGUAUCCCAGUGACCGACCCCUGCAAUCAAAUGAUAAAGAACAGCUCCAGACAGGAUGGUCUGUCCACCCUAGUGGUCAGCCGGACAGACAGAGGAAACAGGAAGAGCUGACAGAUGAGGAGAAGGAAAUCAUCAACAGGGUGAUCGCUCGUGCUGAGAAGAUGGAAGAGAUGGAGCAGGAGCGAAUAGGGCGCCUGGUGGACCGCCUAGAGAACAUGAGGAAGAAUGUGGCCGGGGAUGGGGUGAACCGCUGCAUCCUGUGUGGAGAACAGCUGGGGAUGCUGGGCUCCGCCUGUGUGGUGUGUGAGGACUGUAAGAAGAAUGUCUGCACCAAGUGUGGGGUGGAGACCUCCAACAACCGCCCGCACCCUGUGUGGCUCUGCAAAAUCUGCAUCGAGCAGAGAGAGGUGUGGAAGCGCUCGGGAGCAUGGUUCUUCAAGGGCUUCCCCAAACAGGUCCUCCCACAGCCUAUGCCCAUAAAGAAGACCAAGCCCCAGCAGCCAGUCAGUGAGCUUGUGCCCACUGCCCCUGAGCAGCCCACUCCUGAGCCCAAGCACCCUGCCCGGGCUCCUACUCGAGGUGACGCUGAAGACAGGAGGGGCCCAGGUCAGAAGACAGGCCCUGACGUGACCUCUGCUCCUGGGCGAGGAAGCUACGGGCCUCCUGUGCGCAGGGCCUCUGAGGCACGAAUGAGCUCUUCUGGCCGGGACUCAGACAGCUGGGACCAGAGCCAUGGCACAGCUGCUGGGGACCCCAGCCAGAGCCCAGCAGGUGUGAGACGGGCCAACUCAGUGCAGGCUUCUAGACCUGCCCCAGCCUCAAUGCAGAGCCCGACACCUCCCCAGCCUGGGCAACCAGGGCCCCCAGGAGGCAGCAGACCCAGUCCGGGGCCGAUGGGACGCUUUCCAGAUCAGAGACCAGAGGUGGCUCCCAGUGACCCUGACUAUCCAGGGGCUGCCGCCCCACCCCGGGAGGAGAGAACCGGGGGAGUCGGAGGCUACUCGGCAGCUGGAACCAGGGAGGACCGAGCGGGCCACCCCCCGGGCCCCUAUUCCCAGGCCUCUGUGGCUGCUCCCCAGCCAGUGGUGGCCCCGGCCCGUCAGCCCCCACCCCCUGAGGAGGACGAGGAGGAAGCCAACAGCUAUGAUUCAGAUGAAGCAACCACCCUGGGUGCCCUGGAGUUCAGCCUUCUCUAUGACCAGGACAACAGCUCCCUGCACUGCACCAUCAUAAAGGCCAAGGGACUGAAGCCCAUGGAUUCGAACGGCUUGGCCGAUCCCUACGUUAAGCUGCACCUCCUGCCAGGAGCCAGCAAGUCCAACAAGCUUCGUACAAAAACCCUGCGGAACACCAGAAACCCCAUCUGGAAUGAAACUCUGGUCUACCAUGGCAUCACAGACGAGGACAUGCAGAGGAAGACCCUCAGAAUCUCUGUCUGUGAUGAGGACAAAUUCGGCCAUAAUGAGUUUAUUGGUGAGACCAGAUUCUCCCUCAAGAAACUGAAGCCCAAUCAGAGGAAGAACUUCAACAUCUGUCUGGAGCGGGUGAUCCCGAUGAAGCGUGCUGGAACCACCGGGUCAGCCCGAGGCAUGGCCCUCUAUGAGGAGGAGCAGGUGGAGCGUAUUGGUGACAUAGAGGAACGUGGCAAGAUCCUGGUGUCCCUCAUGUACAGCACACAGCAGGGAGGCCUCAUCGUGGGCAUCAUACGCUGCGUGCACCUGGCGGCCAUGGAUGCCAAUGGCUACUCAGAUCCAUUUGUCAAGCUCUGGCUGAAACCAGACAUGGGAAAGAAAGCCAAACACAAGACUCAAAUUAAGAAGAAAACCUUGAAUCCUGAAUUUAAUGAGGAAUUUUUCUAUGACAUCAAACACAGUGACCUGGCAAAGAAGUCACUGGACAUCUCAGUCUGGGACUAUGACAUCGGCAAGUCCAAUGAUUACAUUGGAGGCUGCCAGCUGGGGAUCUCGGCCAAGGGAGAGCGCUUAAAACACUGGUACGAGUGUCUGAAAAACAAGGACAAGAAGAUCGAACGCUGGCACCAGCUACAGAAUGAGAACCACGUGUCGAGUGAUUAGGAUGGCGCCCAGGUCCCCAACUCCAUGCCCGAACCUUGUGCCCCUCACCCCCACCCCCAGCCUGCCCCAGCUGCCCAUUGCAUUCUGAUCUCUCUUCUCAACACCUUCCCCACCCAUCCCUCCUGGAACCUGCCUUUGAGGUCUCUCCUGCACCGCGGACAUUGCCACCAAUAACCUCCGCUCUCUGCGAGGCUGCAAUGCGGGCUCUGAAUCCAGCCCGUCUCUGAUCCCUCCAGGAUGGAGCCGUAGGGAUGGGGAGAAUUUCACAAGGAGGUUGUUCAUUUAACAACCUCUUAGCCCGGGUGAAUUACAGAGGCUCUUCAUCAUUUAGGACUGUUUUUAGACCCUCCUGGCCUUGGACACACCUAACAUCCAUCCACCUAUACCCUCAGCUGUCCGCAGAGCCAGACAAGGUCAUGAGGAUGAGCCCUGGGACAGAAAUGGAGCAUCCCAGCUCCCUCACCCCCCACCUCUUCACAUCAUACACUCAAUUGCCACAAAACAGACCCGUGUGUUUAAACUCUCCAGUGACUAGGAACACACUUCCCAUCUCUAGAUGCAUCAAGAAAUGACCAUGCAGAAUACCCCAAGGGACUGGGUAGCCCCCCUCUUUCAGAGUGUUACCUAUUUGCUUCCUAGCAGAAACUAGCCCCAUUCUGUACCACCCCUCUCCCACUUCUCCUUCCUUUCGCCCGAUGCCACCUUCACCUCUUUCUUCCUCACCCCCUUAUCUCUUCUCUCCGCCCCCAUCUCUUGCCCCUCCUUUCCUCCUCUCUGUGGGGAUAGAAU